UGCUGUGUGUAGGGUUAAUACAGGCGGAGGGGGUGUGGUCUAGAUUCAACACAAUAAUAACUGCCUCACUGUAACCAACUGUAAGAAAAAAAAAAAAGAAAAAAAAGCACUGUAAAGCGGGUCCAGGGCAAGCACCGUGGCUCCGCUUCACGCUGGACUCGGUGUGUCUGGAAGCCCGUGGAUGUGCGCAGCAGCUCUCCGCCGCCACAGGAGGAAGUCACUUGGCGACGGUCACUGAGGCUCUCUGUGAGGGAGGUGCGACCUGAAGUGACAGUGUGGCCGUCUCUCUGCCUCCUUCAGCGCGGGAUCACGGGGUGUUUUCGAGCGGAGGACAACAACAGUCCCGGGAAACCGGAUGGCCGAACGGUGAGCGGACCGGAGAAACCGUCCGGAUCGAGCCGAGUCCGCCGGGGAACCUCGGCUGGGUUCGUCAGGAUUGCGCCUGCUUUACGUAACAGGGCUUUUGUGGAAAGACUCGGAGGGAAACUGCUGGUGCUGAGCUUUGUUUGUUUUUUUUUCUUUUUUUGACAUCACCGAGAGAAAACGCAGGUGACAAAGGAAGGGAAGCUCUGGGUCCAAGGCACGGCUGUGUUAAUCUGCUCAGCAUGACCGGUGAAAGUGCUGCCUCCCAUCACUAGUGAGCAGGUCAAGAUGAACGAGGGCCAGAGUAAGGGAGGAGGGGCCUUCACUGUGAAGGCAGAUGUCAUCCUCCAUGCUGUGAAUCCCGACCUUGUCUCCUCUGCUGAGGAAGAUGGAAAUUUAUGUCCAGGAGCACUGAGGAAGGACGGGAAUGCCCCACAUGUGGGGGGAUUCCUGCAGGACGAUGGAGAUUUUAGUCCUACAGUUCCUUUUGAGAAGGAAUACCUGUUGGAUGGAAGUUUGAUGGAAAAUCACAGUCUUGAUAAUCAGAAGGGAAAUGGCUCAUAUAUCUCAAAAGCUAAUCAGUUUAACAUCUCAAACGACAAGGUUGUUACGGAUCUGCCUCUUCAGACUGACUCCACUCUGUCCAGACUGAACACUGGCUUGGACCAAAACUGUACACUUGGUAAAAAUGGCAUCAAUGAAAACCACAAUGGUGCCAGGGCUAAAGAGUCCCACAGGGCAGAUUCCUCAGUGUGCUUCUCCAGCCAAGCCAAAGAGGAAGCGGAUGGCAGUGUGUCCAUCAGCAAAGAGACUUCUGUGAUAGGUCAGUGUCAGAUAAAAAACAUUGCCACCCCCUCCUCGGAACCGCCGACCACUGUGCCUGACACUCAUUGUAUCACCGCUGGCACAAAGCCAGGGGGCGAAGAUCUGGCUCGCUCUUUCACUCCCAGCCCCCAUGCAGCUGAUCCCCCUGACUACAACUCACUGUAUGGACACUCAGUCCUUAAAUCGAACGUUGAGCACAGGAACAGUGACAAGAAAGCUGAAGACCCAGUGUCUAAAAAGGAGCCUGAUUUAGUCAUCGAAGUUGGCGGACAAAAAAUCAGUGCACACAAGUCCGUCCUGGCCGAGAAGAGUGAUUACUUCAAAGCACGGCUGUCACGAGACAUUCUGAAAGUGAAGGGGGUGAGUUACAAGACUUUGUCCAUAUUGAUAGAUUAUGUUUACACUUCUCAGAUGAAUGUGUGCAAGGACAAUGUGGUAGAUGUCAUCACAGGGGCCAAGAUCCUCCAGAUCCCCUGUGCCGUCCAGGCUGCCAUGGACUCCAUGUCUGAACAAAUCACAGCGGGGAACUGCUACGAGGUUCUCACCAUCGCCAAAAAGCAGCGACUUAAUGAACUAAAGGAGACAGCCUACCGGUUCAUGAGCGACAACUUCCUCCAAAUCCUCAAGGACCCUUCUGUUUAUGGGCGUCUGACUGGAUCGGAGAGAGAUCUGAUCCUGAAGAAGAGACUGGAGGGGAAGAUGACUUUGAUGGUUGCAGAGAUCAACGAUGUGUUUGAUCGCGUAGCGAGUCGUCCGCCAAGUCGCUGCAGCAGCCGACCACAGAGCCCCUUGUCGGUGUCAUCUUUUGAGGAGAACCACAUGAUUUACUGUUUUAGUGAGACUGAAAAUGACUGGAGGCCUUUGACUGUGAUGCCUGAGGACAUAAACACUAAAGGGUGUGGGAUCUGCACUAUGUAUAACUACUUGUUUGUGGCAGGGGGAAUAAAGGGCUAUGGGGACAAGGGCAAGGUUUCAGACAAGGUCUUCUGUUACAACCCAAUAACCAACCGCUGGACUGAGGUGCGCCCUCUGAACCAGGCCCGUGCGCAGCUCAAGCUAGUGUCUAUGGAUGGUUACCUAUAUGCCAUUGGAGGGGAAUGUUUGUUUACAGUGGAAAAAUAUGACCCUCGUAUGGACCGAUGGACCACAGUGGCCCCCCUGCCAAAGGGAGCCUUCGCUGUGGCCCAUGAAGCCACCACCUGUAACGGAGAACUUUACGUCUCUGGGGGCUCACUCUUCUACCGCCUUCUCAAAUACGACCCCAAGAGAGACGAGUGGCAGGAGUGCCCCUACAACAACAGCAGGAAGAAGUCCACUGACAUGGUGGCUUUGAAAAGCUUCAUCUACCGAUUCGAUGUCAGUCGUGAGCAGGGGAUCAACGUAUUCAAGUACAACACCAUAGUGAAAAUGUGGCACGAUUGCGCAUCGCAGAGGCUAGGAAGUCCUUUACCAUUCAGGUGUGCCGUUAUCGGGAAUUGCAUCUACUGUGUGAAUAAAACCCAGACUCUUCAGUUCAUAGUUGAGGAAGAGAACGCCUACUUUGUUGAGGAGACACUGAGGGCCCCUCUGGAGGCUAAAGGUGUUCUCUUUCCUUUCGUUCUCACUUUGCCUGAAAAGCCUGAAAAAGUUGCCUAGUGGUGUGAUCCAGAAUUAAUGUCUCCUAGCAAAACUGGAGUUAGGCAGAAAACCUUUCAUACACUUUUCAAUGUCAGCUUUAUAUCUCAUUGUGUCCAGUUUACCUGCUUGAAAUGGAAUGUGUGUGUUUGCAUGGCAAGUAAAUGUGUCUACAGGGCAAGCCUUAAAAGGAAACCUUUUUUCAGUGUGGAAUGAAUGCAAUGAUACAUGCAUCUGACUGUAGAUAAUGACAUGAUGAAAGUGACUGUAGAUUAUAUUGUGUUUUCUGUGCAGUUUUGUUUGGUGCACUUUCGUAAUUGCAGUUAAAAUAGACAUUGUUUAGAACAUAAUGACUAGUUGGUUGGUGGCUUUUAUCAGAAAAAAAACUUUUGUUGAAAAUUGUUGUAUACAAGAUGGACGGAAAUAGUCAUGGUACACCCGGAGACGGAUGCUUCACAUCGGUUCUAUGCAAAUGAAAUGAAUGAAGAUGAGUCUGCUGUGAUGCUGUGGUACUACAGCGUUACAGUGAGGGGGGUCUGACUGGAAGGAAUACAGUAUUCCCAUCAUUCCUACAAUCCUGAUCCAAAAUGCUUUUGAAAUAACUUAACGAAACAAGGUCACAUAAAACAUGUUUUCUACACAGAUGCUACCCCUGCAGACUGAUAUCGCAUUUCUAGAGCACAAUGUACUUGUUCAUUCAGGGUGUCUUUCGAGUCAAAACAAACUCUGGAUUAUAGCUCAUUCUUUCUGGUGAAGCUAAAACAUUCUUGGCACAUUGUGAGGCUGAGAUGUAAAACAGAAUCUCAAUCGUUAUACAUUUUGCAGGGUGGAAAGAUUUGAUAUGACCAAAAUCUGAAAAGAAAGUAGUGAUACUGUUUGAAAAAAGGGCACAAAUAUGUACAUUUAUUUCUAGAUUCAGAAUAUGCUAUUUUGCUUAAAGUAUAUACUUACUUACUUCCUACAUUUUGCACAUUUGCCAAAGAGGAACUACUCAGUCAGGCUAUAAUAACAGUAUUGAAUCAAAUGACAGAUAUUUCUUACAUAUUUUCUUCAUAAAGUUCUAUAUCAAAAAUCAUCCUUCUGACUACACCGUGAUCAUAUCAAGACUUAAAGCAAUAGCUGUUUCUGUUGGUAGAAGGGCACCAUGUUUGCUGCUACAAGCACUUUCCAGGAAACGUGGAAAGAAAGAAAAAAACGCUCAAACUGCACAAAGGCACUUCUGUUAUCUUUCUUCCCUGCAUUCAUUUCAGGGAAAUAGAAUUAGAAAUUACUGGAGUGUUGUGUUAGCCCUUAGAAGAAUCCUCUCUAACUGCUAGCAGGCUACAUAUAGUUGAGGUUUAUCAUGGGGAUUCAGGUCACAGGUCAGAUCAGACACUUUAUUGCUUCAGCAUGGUCAUAACUCAAUACACGGCACUUAUCACAUCCACAAAUAAGAUUUCAUGGUCCUCUCUUGAUGCCAAACACUUGCAAACCACGCGCUUCUCACAUCAGUAGAGCAAUAGGACCCAUUCAGCUCCGAGUCCUGUUCUUUUAGAUGGCUGACAGUAUUUUUUAGCUGCUGCGACAACACAUCAAUGGGAGUUUCAUGAAGCUACAGUAUGGACGCCGAUACUGAUUUAUCCUUAGAACAAAUUGCUUUUGGUAAUAAUGUUUGUAAAAAUGUCUCAGAGUACUCACUGUGACUAAGACAAAAUGGAUGUGGUUUGACUUUUUGGUAUUUUGCUGGCUGGCAUCAAUAUUUUUGUGAGUAUUUUUUAAUGGACUGGUAGUUUUGGAUCUGCUGUUGUGAUGGACAGUGAUACAAUGCAGCGCUAGGCGAAGGCUUCCUGUUUCAAGGCGUUUAAGUCGGCUAACAAACUAACUGUUGGAUAAUGUAUAUUGGUCAAAACUAAGUGCUUCAAAUAAAAUAUUUUGUGUCUGAA